AUGUUUGGAUUUCCUUUUCGUGUAACGAAAUUUUAUUUUUUGAUUGAUCGACUGUAUUUUUUAACUUCAGAAGGCCCUCCAAAUCCGCUACGUUUCUCUGUUCAAAAACUUCCGGGACUUGCCAGUUUACGAGCAAUUUCGUAUCCAAGAGAAGCGAGAUGUUACAGUACACGAAUUCAGAAGUCACAUUCUCAAGGUGGUCCUUCAAGAGAUUGUGCCCGCAGGGGAAAAGGGAUUCAAGUCUGAGAUCUCCAGACCCAGAUCCAUGGGGGAAAGUUAUUGUCGUCUCAGAAUUCCCUUGGACGAACGGGGAUAUCAACUACGGUAUCUGAGUUCAAAUCGUGCUGGGAUCAGAUUGGGAAGACUCAUUGAGGUAAAUUAUCUAGUUGUCUUUAUUGAAGAUACGAAUAAUUUACUUAUCGACUGGUUUAAUACGAAUCUGAUUAAAGGAUCUGGACAUGUUCUCAGUUUGGCUGUCGUAUCUUCAUUCUCAGGGCCGCGAGAACUGGGGAAAGCAUACCGUGAACCCCUGUAUGUUUGUGACUGCCUGUUGUGAUCAAGUGAACAUUGCCAUGUAAGCCUAAUGUAAUGCAAUCAUAGUGUUUUAGGCAAGAUAUCUCCCCGAAUACUGAUCUUUUUCUCGAAGGCCAUGUUAGUUGGGCUGGUGGCUCUUCGGUGGAGACGACGAUGAGAGUCGUUCAAGAUGACAAGGAACUUCUCGACACAAAAUUCAUAAUGGUUAACAUGAAUCCCCCCAAUCUCGACAAGAAAUUACCUGUCCCUCAAUUACUUCAUAAUGGACCGGUUGAGGAUGAAUUAUUCAAAAAAGGCGAAGAAAACAACAAGCGACGACGAAGUCAGGUGUGUCAUUCCCUAUAAUCACAAAUGUCCCCUCUCUCUGCGUCAGUAAUAGGUGUUUAAUUAGAAUAUUCAAUUUGAAUCAAAAGGUUGCUUUCAGAAAGAAUUGUCCUUUCUCAAAAGACCACCAAAUCAGGAGCAGAUCCAGGAAUUACACGAAAUUUACAUGAAACAAUUCGGGAAAGAUCUCUCCUAUCUCAACAAGAGGAUCCCCGAAGGUGCAUGCUGGAUGCAGGACACUUCUCGUCGGACCACCAUCAAUUGCUUCCCGGAGGAUCAGAAUUUCUACGGAAAGAUGUUUGGAGGAUUUCUGAUGCGUGAGGCCUUCGAAUUGGCGGCCAUAAAUUCGAAACUUUUCGCCCGAACUCGGACUGAGUGCAUUGCAAUGGAUGAUCUUAUGUUCACGGAACCCGUAGAGAUCGGGGAUGUCCUCGAAUUGUGGGCUCGGGUCACUUAUACUCAAGAUCAAUUUAUCCAGGUACCCUUUCCCGGUCUGACAACAAAUGAAAUCAUUUCAGAUUCGCGUCUUCGCUCGCAGAAUCAGUGUGGAUCCGGAGACCAGAACCAAACGUUACAGGACUUCCAACACUUUCCAUUUUUCUUUUGUCACCCUGGAUGGCUCUAAAGUCAGAACUGUGGUUCCCAAGGAGUACUCUGAGGGAUUACUGUAUCUGAUUGGAAAGAAACAUCUUUUGGAAUGUCGUUCCCGCACUGGUCUUUAG